CCUGCCCUGCUCUCGGUCGUUGAGCGGCGGCUCUGCGCUUGGCGGAGGCCUCGCCGGAGAAGGGAGCGCAGCCCGGCGCCUGGAAAGCCACUGUCCUGCCCGAGGGCCGUCCCGGGGCGAUGGCACCGCAUCCCCCUCACUGGUGACCUACCCUGGCGGAUAACGACCCGGGGAUGCGCAAGGGGAGCGGGGCCUAGCCGCGCCCGCCAACACCUCCUCUUGCAGGAACUGCUCCCCGUCCACCGCUCUUGGGGGGCCUGCGGCAGAAGGACCCACUGCCCCCCAGCCUACCCGUUUAGGGGACUUGCCCCCAUCUGCCCCCUUUACACAGAAGCUCCACAAACAGCUGCGCCCUUCAGCCCGAUCCCUUGAGGGGGCGACACCCACGGGCUGCUGCCUACCGGAGGAGAGGGGCCACCGCCCCCGACACAGCUUGCCUCCUCCUCCGCCUCCCCCCGCCUGAAGACAAGAGCAUCGCUUCUGCGUGGAGGAGAAAGUCGAAGCAACCGCCCCCCUUCCACCUACAGCAGGGCACGCGGAGCGAAGGGUGGGAGUGCUGGUGCCUGCCGCUGCCUGCAGACGCUGGAGGGACUAAGGGAAGUAAAGCAGCUGGAGAAAGUUUCCUUCCAGGAGGUUGUGUUCAGAGUCGAGUGAUGCUCACAGAGAAGCAGCAGUAGGUUGUGCCGGUGCCGCAUUGUGUUUGCUGAGGCCCCUCCUGGGUGGUGUGGGCUCAGCGGCUUCCUAUGAGGAAGAGGCAGUCACUGCUCGACACUCAAGUGCAUCGGUGGAAGGGGUGUUGCGUGGACUCCUCUCCUACUGAAUGCAAUGUGAGGCUUGGAUAGAUCAUGGUUUGCCAAGGGCAGUAGUUAUUACGUGCAUCCUUUAAUCAUCUCCUCCAAAAUGGAUUUUAGUCAGAACAAUUUAUUUGGAUACAUAGAAGACCUGCAGGAACUUACUAUUAUAGAAAGGCCGGUGCGCAGGAGUUUAAAGACACCAGAAGAAAUAGAGAGAUUGACAGUUGAUGAAGAACUCAACGAUAUUGAAAGAGCUGUGUAUCUACUCAGUUCUGGUCAAGACAUCCAAGGAACAAGUGUGGUUGCAAAUCUUCCAGUCCUGAUGCAACAGAAUCCUGCAGAGACACUUCGGAGGGUUUUGCCAAAAAUCAGAGAGGUCCUGCAUGUUGCAGGGGUGGAAAUGCAGUUAACAGCUGCUGUUGCAUUUUUGACUAUUCAGCAAGAGGAGUCAGUGUCCAUUCAUACUUAUUCCCACUCCUUCCUACACAUCAUUCUACAGAAUCUGGAACACAGGGAUGCAGGUGUCAGUAAUGCGUGGCUAGAAACUCUUCUUGCUGUAAUAGAAGUCUUGCCAAAAGAAACUAUCAGACAUGAGAUCCUGAAUCCACUUGUUUCCAAGGCACAGCUUUCCCAAACACUUCAGUCUCGCUUAGUUAGCUGUAAAAUAUUGGGAAAAUUAGCUAACAAGUUUGAAACUCAUAUCAUUAAAAGGGAAAUACUUCCACUGGUAAAAUCGCUCUGCCAAGAUGUAGAAUAUGAAGUUCGAUCCUGCAUGUGUCGGCAACUGGAACAUAUAGCUCAAGGAAUAGGGACAGAACUAACAAAAAAUGUAGUGCUUCCUGAAUUAGUAGAACUAGCAAGAGAUGAAGGCAGCAGUGUGCGUCUUGCAGCAUUUGAGACUUUAGUUAAUCUGCUUGAAAUGUUUGAUGCAGAUGACAGAAGUCAAACUGUUCUCCCUUUAGUGAAAUCAUUCUGUGAAAAAUCCUUCAAAGUGGAUGAAUCGAUUCUUGUUUCUUUGUCUUUCCAUUUAGGGAAACUAUGUAAUGGACUAUAUGGAAUUUUUACUCCAGAGCAACACUUGAGAUUUUUGGAAUUUUACAAGAAACUUUGCACACUGGGUUUACAGCAGGAAAAUGGACACAAUGAUAAUCAGAUACAACUUCAAACCCUAGAGCAAGAAAAGAAGUAUAUAUCAGUAAGGAAGAACUGUGCUUACAACUUUCCAGCCAUGAUUGUUUUUGUGGAUCCGAAAAACUUCCAUUUGGAACUAUACUCUACAUUUUUCUGUCUUUGUCAUGACCCUGAAGUGCCAGUCAGAUACACUAUGGCUAUUGGUUUGUAUGAAGUUGCUAAGCUUUUAGAUUCGGGUGUGUAUGUAAUACAUAAAGAACUGGUAACACUACUACAGGAUGAUUCAUUGGAGGUAUUAGAUGCACUGAUAAGUCACCUUCCUGAAGUUCUUGAACUUAUGACUACUGGAGGAGAAAACAGUGAAUCAGAAAGCAAGUUAUUGACUGUCCCUGACUUGAUUCCGGCACUAACGACUGCGGAACAGAGAGCAGCAACUUCUUUAAAAUGGAGAACUCAUGAGAAGUUACUACAAAAAUAUGCAUGCCUGCCUCAUAUCAUAUCAAGUGAUCAGAUUUAUUAUCGUUUUUUGCACAGAAUGUUGACAAUCAUUAUGACAAAUAAUGUUCUCCCUGUCCAAAAAGCAGCUGCUCGAACUCUCUGUGUUUAUUUACGCUACAAUCGCAAACAAGAACAGAGGCAUGAAGUCAUUCAGAAAUUGAUUGAACAGCUGGGCCAAGGAAAAAGUUACUGGAACAGACUUCGUUUUUUAGACACCUGUGAAUUCAUUAUGGAACUGUUUUCCAAAUCAUUCUUCUGUAAAUACUUCUUUCUACCUGUGCUUGAGCUUACCCAUGAUCCAGUAGCAAAUGUGAGAAUGAAGCUUUGCUAUUUGUUGCCAAAAGUGAAAUCUACCCUGAAGGUCCCCAUGGAUAAACAUUUACUUCAGCAGUUAGAGUUGUGUAUAAGAAAACUUCUGUGUCAGGAAAAAGAUAAAGAUGUCUUGACUAUAGUAAAACGAACGGUGUUAGAACUGGACAGAAUGGAAAUCUCUGUGGAUGCUUUUCAGAAAAGGUUUUAUGAAAAUGAUUUGUUGGAUCAAGAGAAAGAAAGAGAAGAACAGCUCCUGUUGGAAAUGGAACAAUUAGAAAAAGAGAAGCAGCAGAAUGAGGGAAGGUCUACCAAUAUCAGUGAUAAAAUAUUUGAAAAGAAGCGUAGAGACAGUAAAACAUCAUCAACUUUGUCAAAAAGUAUAUCUCUUUCUGUUUCUGGAAGCUCUUCAAGUGCAUCAACAAGCAAAGAAGGGAAGAAAUCUAAGUUGGUUCGAAGCCAUUCUUUCAGUACGCAAGCACUGCAUCCAAAAUAUGGCAACAUAGACAAGUGUUCUAAUAAAAGUUCUGCAACAGGAUAUACUUCUAUACCAGGAGUGGGAAAGGGUUCUAUGCUACCAUUUAGUGAUGCUUCAUUCCGGACUCGUUCCACCAAUAUUAGUGGGAAUGCUGUCUUUUCUUCCACUGCCUCUGUAGCAACUUCCUCCCAUAAUACAGCUAACUCAGUUGACCAAAAGAACAAUGGGACUAAAGACAGUCAUUCACGAAAGAUGAGCUUAAAAAACAGAAAAUCAAACUCUUAGAUCAUCUGACAGAAAAGGAAGCACACCAAAGACUGCUGGAGGCAAAGUGAUUUUUGAUAACAAAGGUUGGAGCUACAGCUGGGGAAUCUGAUGACUGGACAGGAGAGACUUAGUGCAUCUUGCAAUGUUAAAACCUAUCUUUUAAGCAAAUUCCUAAGUUGUAAAAUAACUCCAUAUAAAUAAUGUAAUGGUUGCAGAAUUCCAAUGUUGUAGUGAAGUGUUAAUGAAAUGUAACUUUAGCUAUGUGCUUUAACUGCUGCAGCUAAAGAGAUAGGGUUUUUGUUCUUCAAUUAUGCCUUUGUAGUUCAGAUUCUUGGAUUUAGGAUGCAAGUGUCCUACUUAAAUGUAUUUAUUUAGGGUUUUAGCCGUUCCUAACAUCCAUUUGUUAUGAAAGAAAAAAAUAGCUGAAAUUGUUCUGUAUAUGGGAUUAACCGAGAAAUUAAUUUCACCUUUUAAGGACUCUUCAAACUCAAUUUAAACUAAAAUCCAGAAGUACCACUAAGAAGCCGUCUUGAAGCAUAAACUGAAAUAAGAUUGUGCUGUGAAUUGGGAUGUGGUAUCACUACAAGUACUAACUCAAGUUUAUACAAAUCCUUUACAAGUUUUCCAGAAAUGUUAAGAGCAAAUACCUCCAAACAAUGUCAGAAUUAUUUCUUUUGUUUCAUAGGACAAUUUUGUUGUAUAAAUACAUUGUUUCAUUUUUAGUAUUUCAGAUUGUAUUUUCUCUUUACCUAAUAAUUUUAAAAUGAUGAAUCUAGUUUUUAAUUAACUGUUAUUCCAAGCUAUCAUGCUUUAGCUUUGUCAACAUUUGUUUGUAUUAAUGUUUCUAUCAAAAUUUGCCUGUGAAAAACAUGCAGUUCUAUUUAAAAAGUUCUAUUUAUGCCAAUACUUGAGAGAUAUUGUAUGAAGCUAUUGUCAGCUUCUCUAUUUCAAAAUGCAAUCAGCAUAACUAUAUUGAUAUCAGAAAAUAUCUGUUUUUUAAAUCUAUUGGUGUAUGAUAAAGAUGAUCUAAUUUGUGAAUGCAUGUGUGUGUGGUUAGUUUUUACCAUGUGAAAUAAUGAAUGAUUAAUUUACUCAAAAUAAAACUUAGGAUAAUGCAGUACUUGCAUGUUUCUGGGAAAAAGAAUUAUUUUUUGCAAUGUUUAUUUUAUAAUUGAAGAGAAAU